AAGCUUUUACUGUCAGUGUCUACCUGGGUUCAAAUCCACAACGACUGUCAACAUUACCCUUUCUGGACAGUGUAUUGAACUCAAUGAGUGCCUGGAGAAACCACAGGUUUGUGGCAGCAACACCACUUGCCUCAACACCAUCGGGAGCUUCCACUGCCAGUGUCAACCUGGGUUCAGAUUCUCUACUAACACAAAUUACACUAGAGACUGUGAAGACAUAGAUGAGUGUAAUGUAACCGCUGGUAUCUGUGGAGUGAACGGGACCUGUGAGAACCAGGAAGGAAGCUACAGUUGUCUCUGCCACCCUGGACACAGUAACUAUGGCAACAAACAGGUUAGGUGCUCAGUACUGACCUGUGACCAGUUCAAAGCGGAUGAGACUCCUGGACAGACUGUCCCAGGUUUAGCUGGUCUCCUGUCUCUGAUGAGGAACAACUGUCUGGCGUUGAGUAACUCUGGGGACGCAGCUGGAGGGAGACUGACAGGAGAGGUGUUACUGGAGAAUGUCUUCACAGAGAUAAACGGCCUCAUGUCUCACGGUAUCCUAAGCAACAGGGAGGUGAGUGGGUUGCUAGGUGCCGUGGAGGACGCCUUGAGCCUCAUCGGGCCACAGCUUAGAGACAAUCACACCACCAUGGAGACAGACCAUACAGAGGCGGAGCUUGCAGUUAGGAGGGGACAGACUCCGCCCACUGGGCCAAUCAGCCUGGCCAAUGACAACACUCGACUGGACAUCAGCUGGGAGACAGCCACCGGCAACGUGACGUACCCAGGUUUUGCUCUGGCUGGGUUGGUGUGUUACAUGACACUGGAGAGAUCUGUCAACAACUCCUUCCAGUACCUCACUGACACAGACACAGACACAGCAACCGCCGCGGCGUCAAAGCCUAGCUACCAGAUCAGUUCCAAGGUGGUAACAGCUCUCGUCAGUAACCCAGCAACAGACCACCUCGCCCAGCCUGUCAUCCUCACCUUCAAACAUCUACAGGAGAGGGCAGAGUCAGCGGAGAUGAACUAUACCUGUGUGUUCUGGUCGGAGGGGCUUGUCCAGGAAGAGGGAGGGGUGUGGUCAAGGCGUGGCUGUACCAAAGUAACAUCUAAUGCUACACACACCGUGUGUUCCUGUACCCACCUUAGCAGCUUCGCUGUUCUCAUGGCUCUCUACCCUGUACAGAACACCUUUGAGCUGCGUCUGUUGACGUGGCUGGGUCUGUCGGUGUCUGUGGUGUGUCUGUUGCUGUGCAUCCUGACCUUCUGGCUGUGUCGGUCCAUCCAGGGGACACGCACCACCAUCCACCUCCACCUCUGUGUCUGCCUCUUCAUCGCUGACCUCGUCUUCCUCACCGGUAUCUCUCACACACAGAGCAAGGGAGGUUGUGGGGUUGUAGCAGGUCUCCUCCACCUGUUCUUCCUGGGAUCCUUCAGUUGGAUGUUGUUAGAGGGGGUUCUGCUCUAUCGCAUGGUGGUGCUGGUCUUCAACGCUACCAUAAGACCUCUGUACCUGUAUGCUGUGGGAUAUGGACUGCCACUGGCUAUAGUCAUCAUCUCUGCUAUCACCUACCCAGACGGAUACGGUACCACACAACACUGUUGGUUGUCUCUGGAGAGAGGAUUAAUCUGGAGUUUCUUCGGCCCAGUGUGCACCAUCAUCAUCCUCAACGCUUUCUUCUUCCUCAUCACUGUCUGGAGGCUGGCCCAGAAGUUCUCUAGUCUCAACCCUGACCUCUCCAACCUACACAAGAUCAAGGUGUUCACAGUGACAGCAGUGGCCCAGCUGUGUGUGUUGGGUACUAUGUGGAUAUUUGGAAUGUUCCAAUUCCAAGAGGAGGGGACAGUGGUCAUGACAUAUCUCUUCACCAUCCUCAACUCUCUACAGGGAGCUCUGCUGUUCAUCAUGCACUGCCUACUGAACAAAACGGUGAGAGAGGAGUAUUGCACGCUCCUGUCCUGUAUCUGCACACCACAGAAGAAGAGAUACUCAGAAUUCAGCAUAACCAAUCCUUCCUCCAGCCACUCCCAGGGGUCAGGGAGUGCCCGGGGAGUCGCAGAUAUGAUGACAUCACCAAUCCCCCACAAUGCACCUCUUUACUCCCCCUCCCUUUCCAGGCCUGGUCAGUAGAAAAUGUGCCCUACUAGCCCGGCUGGUUAGUAAAAAUUUGCCCUAUCUAGAACCUAAAAGGGUUCUUCGGCUG